CUCUCUCUCUCUCUCCCUCACAGACCAAAACUCCUCCUUUGGAACUUUCUGUCAAAUCUCUCUCUCUCUCUCUCUCUCUCUUUGUGCCAACCGUCUGGUCGGCAACGAAGCGUUUAUGUGUUGUGCAGAACAAUUACAGUGUCUGGUCGCACUCACUCUCUCUCUCUCUCUCUCUCUCUCCUUUUAAAUAUCUCUGCAGAUCCUUCUUCUACUCCCUACACUCUCCAACUCCUCUCCUCUCCUCUCUCUAAUAUAAAAUGAUUUUCGAUUUUGACAACGAGAAGGCAUGAGAUCCAUCUGGGUUCCUUUUGUUCCUACGGAUCAAAACCCAAAAUUCUGGCUUCUGGGCAGCGGCAGAUAGAGGAAUUUGCUGGUUGGUGAUCCAUUUUGGCGUCCUGUGGUGCCUGAUAUGUGCUUGUUUUUUCCAUCCUCUUCAGCUUCGCUACUCAGUGAUGUGCCCUAGAUGAUGCUUCUUUCCUGAAUCUUCUUGGCAACCAGCCGGGUGCCUUCUUGUUUUCUUUCAUCAUUUGGCUAGACUAAACCAUUUACUGGAUUUCAUUGGCAGAAAGGGCGUUUAAUUUGCUUGGGAAUUCUACAAUUACUGCCAUGAACAAACCAGUGAUGAAUGAAUUAGAAAAAUGCUUGGAUUCUCAGUUAUGGCAUGCCUGCGCCGGCGGGAUGGUGCAUAUGCCGGCGGUGAACUCUAAGGUCUUUUACUUCCCUCAGGGCCACUCUGAGCAUGCCCUUGAGAAAAUUGAUUUUGGGAAUUUUCCUAGUGUCCCUCCACUUAUUCUCUGCAGAGUUUUGGGGGUCAAGUUUUUGGCUGAUAAUGAUACUGAUGAGGUUUAUGCCAAGAUAAAGUUGGUUCCGUUGAGGAACAAUGAUUGUGGUUUUGAUGAAGGUGAUGAUGACGGGUUCGUGGGAAUUGAUAAAACUGAGAGCCAAGAGAAGCCUGCCUCUUUUGCAAAGACUUUGACUCAGUCUGAUGCAAACAAUGGUGGGGGUUUCUCUGUUCCCAGGUAUUGUGCAGAGACUAUCUUUCCCCGGCUGGAUUACUCGGCUGAUCCUCCGGUUCAGACCAUCAUUGCCAAGGAUCUUCACGGACAAAUAUGGAAAUUUAGGCAUAUUUACAGAGGGACUCCACGUCGUCAUCUCCUCACGACAGGUUGGAGCAACUUUGUGAAUCAGAAGAAGCUUGUUGCUGGGGAUUCAAUUGUUUUCUUGAGGGUAGAUAAUGGGGAUCUUUGUGUUGGGAUUCGAAGGGCAAAAAGGGGUAGUUCUGGCAGACCAGAGCCACAAUCCGGGUGGAACGCCUUGGGGGGGAAUUGCGGCUCUCCUUUUGGGGGUUAUUCCUCUUUCUUGAGAGAAAAUGAUAACAAAAAUAUCAAAACUGGUAAUGCGGAUCAGAAUGUGAAGGGAAGAGUGAGGGUUGAAUCUGUUGUGGAAGCAGCCACCCUUGCUGCUACUGGGCAGCCUUUUGAGGUUGUUUACUACCCUCGUGGCAGUGCUCCAGGGUUUUGUGUGAAGGCUUCAGCUGUGGGAAGUGCAAUGAGAACUCAGUGGUGCGUGGGGAUGAGAUUUAAAAUGGCUUUUGAAACAGAGGAUUCAUCUCGCAUAAGCUGGUUCAUGGGGACCAUAUCAAACGUUCAAGUUGACGACCCUAUCCACUGGCCUAAUUCUCCAUGGCGGCUUCUGCAGGUUGAAUGGGAUGAACCAGAUUUGCUUCAAAAUGUCAAACGAGUUAGCCCAUGGUUGGUUGAAUUGGUUUCAAACAUGCCCGCCAUCCAUCUCACCCAAUUGUCACCAAGAAAGAAGUUGCGGGUUCUGCAACCCCCCGAUUUCUCCUUCAUCGGGCAAUUUCCAAUGCCGUCAUUUCCCAGCAGUCCCCUCAGGCCCAGCAGCCCCUUUCGUCGUGUAUCAGAUAACUUUCCUGCAGGCAUACAGGGAGCCAGGCAUGCUCAAUUUGGUUUCUCUUCGGCAGAUCUCCACUUCAGCAAACUGCAGUCGGGUCCGUUUCCCCUUGGGUUGCAGCAGCUCGACCGUGCUGCCCGACCACCGCGUGUUCCCACCGGCAGCAUCAUGAACAAUCAGGAAGAGAACGGAAACGUAUCUUGCCUGCUUAGCAUGGGCCUUUCUAACCAAAGUUUGAAGAAAAAUGAUCAGACAAAGAAGCCUGUGUUCAUGCUGUUUGGUCAGCUAAUUCUUCCGGAGCAGCAGCAGCAGACCUCUCAGAGCUGUUCCGGAGAGACAGUCGGGACCAGUUCAUCUGAUGGGAAUCCAGACAAGACGCAGAAUUUCUCUUAUGGCUCCGGAUCAGCAGUUCCCACAGAGAACUCAUCCGAGGGCGGGUCCCCCUGGUGCAGGGAUCUCAACAAGUCUGAGUUUGGCUUGGAGACUGGUCACUGUAAGGUGUUCCUGGAAUCAGAGGACGUGGGCCGAACCCUUGACCUCUCGGCCCUCGGGUCAUACGAAGAGCUGUACAGAAAGCUAGCCUACAUGUUCAGCAUGGAAGGAUCCGAGAUGUUGAGCGAUGUACUCUACCGGGACGCUGCAGGUGUCAUCAAACACGCUGGGGAUGAACCCUUCAGCGAGUUCUCGAAGAUCGCAAAGCGGCUAAUUAUCGUAAUGGAUUCGGGAAGCGACAACAGGGGAAGGUAAGGCUUCAACCUCAACUUCAGGGAAGAAGAAAUGGUUGUGGAAUGUACAGCUGCUGAUGAAUUGCCAAGUUUCAAGUUUCAGUUGAGGUUACUAUUUUUGUUUUCUCCUUUGAAUUGUUGAUGGGGGAUGUGGGAAAGACCACCUGCUUCAGCCAAUUUUGGAAAUUGUAGGCGGAGACUUGUAGCUAGCUAUAUGUAUUUAUAUAUAUAUAUAUAUGCGCUUUGGAUUUGUUUGCCUUCUAAAUCACUACCUUCUGCAUUGUUUGUUCCAA